AUGUCCUCUGUCGUCAAUGGGUGGAUGCUGAAAGCCUUGGAAAGUACUUUCAUCUCUUCCUCGGUAGGAUUAAGAACGUCUAGCCAAAAUGGGGGCACUUCAGACGCAGAGCUGCUACUCUCUGCAAUUAUCGAAGGUGUUGGUGUGGACGUUCCCGAGACUCUUGGUUUGAGGGGCUCUGUUUCUCCUGGUUCAACGUUUGAGACCAACGGAUACUGGAAAUUGAUCCGGUCCUCUGUUCCGUUUGCAGAGGACUGCUGCGACAGAGCAGUGGAUGCCUCUGUGAUUUUUUUGAACUCUUCCAGCUCUUCGUCGACGAACUGCUGUAGAACAGAGAUAUCAGGCCAAACCUUGCGCUUUCCAGCUUCAUCCAGACUCUCCACGGGGAAACAAACGUCGUCCAGAGAAGAGGCGUUGGACGAUCUCCUAGAAGACGGAUUAGACGAGCCGUACACUGAGUUUGACUCCUCGUCCUCGUCUCCAGAACCGUACGAAUCGGAGUUAGGGUCAUCCUUGUAUGGAGAUGUUGGGGAAGAGGACCGUUUCAAAGUCGAUUCGAACGGAUUUUCGGUUUUAUAUUGGACUCCGCUCAAAGAAUGGUUUUGCUUGAGGGCAUUAUUAUAG